AUGGUCUCUAAAAAAGAAGGUGAACGUUUAGCUAAACAAACUGAUGCAUUAUUCUGGGAGACAAGUGCUAAAACUGGAGCGAAUGUCGAUUCAAUGUUUCAUUGUAUAGCUGAACGUUUACUUGAAAUUCAAACACCAAUUUGUACAAUCUCCUCGACUAAUUUAACCCAACAAUCUAAUGGUUAUUCAACUAUCAAUGAAAUUCAUAAUUCAAUAUCAUCGAAUCAAUUGUCAAAAUCACAAUCAUAUAAAUUAAGCAAUUCAACUAAACAUUUACGUAAUUGUUGUUCUAGUUAA